AUGCCAAUAAGUACAUUUUUUGCUUUCGCUCAGGCCAAGACUACUCAGGUUAAACCACCGGUAAUGACCAGCUCAGCGGACACACCAUUUAAAGUGCAGGCCAUCUACAGUUGGGGUGGUGAGGAUAAAUCUAAGGACUUGGGAUUCAUAGAAGGUGACAUAAUUGAAGUUCUUAGAGUAAGCCCUGACAAUUCCUUAUACUAUGGAAAAUCUCUCCGAACCAAGCUUUUUGGAAGUUUCUCCUCCAAGCAUGCCAAGGUGCUGCAUAUUAAGGAGAAUGCAUCUCAUAGAAGUCAGAAUGCUAGCUGUUACAGCAAUCUCCCUAGAUCUACCAGCGUUAAUUCAUUCAGAUACUCUCGGAAAAACUCGUCCUCUCCAUCGAUUCCCUCUACAAUGUCGCAAUAUGGUGGGAGUCUGACAGUUGGAAGGUCUGAUUCAGCUCAAUCUCUUAGCAAACUCAAAAGAGAUCGAGGUAAAGUUUAUUCUCCAAACUCGAUCUCCUCUGGAUCAGGUUCGCCCAAUUCAGACUUAUUUUCGUUGAAACAUCAAAGUUAUUCAUACUCUGAUUUUGAAGAGCACAAGAACGAAAAAACCGAUGAGGAUGUCUUGAGGAGACUACCUCCAAUACCCCCUAAGCAUAGAUACGAAAGUGAAUCCCCAACUGCAUCCAGAAAAAGCAUGCGAUCAUCAUAUGUUCAACAGCUACUGGACCUUUCAACAAGUUCCUCUGAUACUCAUAGCUCGUCUGCCUUUGGCUACUCAGAUCUUAGUGCCACCUCUGCUGGCUCCUACAUGAGGCAUCAAGAGCAUCGAACACCUAGACAAACCAUGAGCGAAACUGAUCGUCAAGAUAUGUUGUCCAGAAUGCUCAAUGAUGAUGACAAGUUGAAGCAGCCGAGCUUCUUCAAAAAGUUGCUAGGUGGAGGCACCAAGAUUGAGAGGCCUUCGUUGGAUGAGCAAAUCUUUCAGACAUCUCAGGAGAAAUUGGCCACACUCAGUUUGAUGGAUUCUCAGAUCUCAUUUGAUAACUCGGGAAGAAGACUCUCGGAAACUCCUGAUGAUUUCUUUGCUGCCAAGGAGAGUACUCAGAUAGAGCUUGAUAGGGUUAAAACACUUACAGGAAAUGACAGAGCACACCGAAAAGCAAGGACUUUGGAAGAAGAGCCUGAUUUAAUCUUACAGCCGCAUAAGUUUCUCAGCACAAUUAACAAAAAUGAGGUAGUUUCCAAUACAAAGAGAAAUUACGGCCUCGAUUCUACUCCUUUGGCUUAUGUGGACAGAUAUAUAGAUCAUCUGCCACCAGACAGAUUUGUCUCGUUACAGGAGAUUGUAACAAAGCGUAUUGAUGGCCACUUUAAUACACCUCUUGAAAAGUUGCGGGCCAUCUACACUUUCCUAACGACUAGAUUCAAACUUAUCGCACUAGAUAACGAAAAGCUGAGUACCAAAGUCAUGCCAGGGGGUGAAACCAUCAAAGAUAUAGUAUAUUCGGGUCAAUGUAGCUCUCAUCAGCUUACUUGGCUCUUUUUCAUUAUGUCGAGUGCUCUUGAUAUGAAUGUCGAGCUGAUCCUCGGUUAUUUUAAAAGGCCAUUUGAUUAUAAUGAUGACCACUUGUGUGAUGAUAAAGGCCUGCUAACUUUGAAUCAUUCUUGGAUUUCUGUUUUAAUAGACGGCGAGUAUCGGCUCGUUGAUGUUGCUUUGGGAAAUCCUACAAACAAUGUUGUGACCCGUGAACUCACUGUUGUGCCCGACAGCACGGCAUUAGAAGAACACUUUGAUUUUUACUUUCUUGCCAAACCUUUGGAUCUUAUUUAUACACACGUUCCAUUGCAUGUGGACAGCCAACGCAUUGUUCCACCUUUGGAUCCAUUGGCGCAGCUUGCACUUCCACCAUUGUAUCCCUCCUUUAUUACUAACGGACUAAGACUUUACAAGUUUAAUCAGGCUAUUUUUAGAUUGCAGGAUUAUGAAGUGAUCGACUUUGAUCUUGAAAUUCCUACUGACUUUGAAGUGAUAGCUCUAGUUCGGCCCUUAGACACUACUAAUUAUGCUCCAGAGAAAGCGCUUGUGCAAAUGUACUGGAAAUCAGGAAGAAGAAUGGCCAAAAUCAAAGCUACUUUACCACCUAAUUGCUCCAUAGGAUUCAUUUGCUGUUAUGGAAGACCUACAGAACUUUUGAAUAGCGAAGGCACUGAAAUGAACAAUCGCCAACUACGGCAAGGAUUCUCUUUGCUUCUUUCCGUUCCAUGCUUUCAUAAGGGGAAAUUUAGUGAAGUUGAAUGGUGUCACGUCAGCCCCUUGCCAUGCACAUUAGCCUCUAAUGACGUCUAUAUCAAAGAGCCGCAAAUCUCUAAUUUGACUCUUACUGGCUCCUACGGAUUUAUUAUUAAGGUUUGUUCUAGCCAGAAAAAUAAAAGCUUGGAUGAAUUUAGAUCCAUGCUGAUCUCUCCGUCCGGUAGCUUUUCAGAGUUGGAGAGAAUCGAUGACGAGACCUGGGAAGUGAGGAAAACCUUGCGAGAAAUGGGUGAAUGGCGAUUAGUGGUGCCUAACGAGGAAAGUGGGAAAUGGCACGUUCAUGCAAGGUGGCAUUGUAAAUAA